GGGAGCCCAUCAUUCCAAGAGCAGCUCUCUCUACGGGCUACAGUUCUUUGGGAAGCAGUUAGUGCUCCAGCGUCAUGAGCCUGUACCACAGCCGAGUGCCGCAGCUUGGAGUGCCACCCUCGGCGCUCAAUCUCUCCAAUUCCUCCUUGAUUUACUUAUAUGGAGGUGACGGCGGUACCAUUCUUCCCGCUUUGGGUUUCAUCCCGACUCGGCAGGAACCUCCGCAAAAACCUCCAUACAGCUACAUUGCACUUAUUGCAAUGGCCAUCAAGGGCGCGCCAGACAAGCGUGCAACGCUGAGCGGCAUUUAUCAGUUUAUCAUGGACCACUUCCCUUUUUACCAUGAAAACAAGCAGGGCUGGCAGAACUCAAUCCGCCACAACCUCUCUCUAAAUGACUGUUUCAUCAAGGUACCGAGAGAGAAGGGCCGGCCCGGGAAAGGCAGCUACUGGACUUUAGACACCAAGUGUCUGGACAUGUUCGACCACGGAAACUAUAGACGGAGGAAGAGAAAACUAAAGGGCCAAGAGACAGCAGAGUCCAAAACUACUCACAAGAGGAACAGAGGUCCGGUCUCCUCGAACCCGGCAGGGUCUAAACUUCCAACUGAUGCUCACCUGAGGAGGAUGGGUAGGCCUAUUUCAGCUGUAGAGAGGGCUGUGGUGGGCACUGAGAUGGAACAACAGCAUAGAUAUUAUGAGCAAUGUUCAGAUUUAAAAUAUGUUGUUGGUGAGUUCAACAAUGUUGGGAUGCAGCAAAGUGGGUCUGUCCAUGGCCCAAAAUUAAAUGUGCACAAUCAAAUCCAAAUUGAAUCCAUGCAGGACAUACACUGCAAUCAAUCCACUGACGCGCGCCUCGGUCCAAGGUGCAUACCCGUUCAGGACCACAGGGUCUGGUUGGACGCAGCGCAUCUUUCAGGAGCGUCUUCACUCCACGAGGUUGAACCAGACAGCAGCAGACUAGCAUUUGAUGGGAGGGAGAACGGGUCUCCUAUCCUGUCCGGUUGCGCGGUGAACUUGAACUCAUCUAUUCUGUGCAGAACAAAGGAUGUUAUACCCACUGUCCCAAGCAGAGCAACGGACAAAUCUAAAUGUUUUAGCAUAGACAGUAUCUUAUCAAAAAAUGGAAACCAAAUGCACAAAAGCAGCGUUGGUGUGACAGCAGAGACAGGCUUGGACCCCGAAAGUCACCCAUUCAAUUCGUCUGUCAUCUUGGGUGCGCGCACGCAUCAGCUGUACCAGAUGGGAUUCCCUCUUUGCUCUUACUUAUCAUUCACGUGCCCUGAGAAAGUUCUACAUUUCAAAUAGGCAAAGUGAUGUACAAACGAGGGGUCCUGUGAUGUAAUGGGAACAUCUAAAGAAUAAACCUAAUGGAAGAUAUUACGCACUAGUGCCAACAUUUUCGUACAGUGGGAAGAGAGAAUAUGAUAUUAAUAAUUGGACUUCUACAAUCAUAUGAUCAAGAGCCUAUCAGCACUAUAAUGAUGAACCAAUUAUGAUUAGGCCUAUAUUUAGGCCUAUGAUUCUGAUUUUUAGGCUACUUUCUCUUCCCAUGAGCAGGUGCGCCUAAAAUACCGUUGCAGUUGACGAAAAGCCCUCAAGAGUUUAUGGAUGUUGUUUUAGUAAAUGUAAAUGUUUAUGAAAAUUAUGGUUUCAUAUGUAGUAGCUCUGAGCUUGUCAUCGAAGUGCCUGCCAUUUGACUGUUGUGUGAGUUAUAUUCUGUGCUGAACCUCCUGUGUUAAAUUUCAAUGUUAAAGUGGUAGCUUUAUGGUAGCUGAAAAUAACUUUGUAAAAUUAUAUAUUUCUUUUUCCAUCUUGAAUGUAAAAUGAAACCGUAAUAAACUAAAAUAAUACAUUGCACAUCAGCUUGAUUUAAUUCUAUGAAAAUUCUCAAAAGUAAAUUCAGGACAUUGCAAUGUAACACAUCCAAUCUUAGUCUAUAAAACUUGAAGAUCAUUACAUUUGGUCAUGCAUUCUUCAGUAUAGCCCUGCAGCUGGUCUUCAAUGCUCUCCCUCAUACAGAAUUACACAUU